AUGUCAAAGAAAGCAUUGAUUGACUAUUCGGAACAAUUAAUGAAGGACUUUGAAAAAAAUAAUAUAAAAUUUUUUGACUAUUCUCAUGAUAUAAAACUUAAACGCAUUGGACAAGGAGGUUAUGCUGUUGUAUAUUCGGCGAUUUUAGAAGGAAAUGAAUAUGCACUAAAAAGUUUAAAUAAUAAUCUGGAUUUUACUCAUGAAGAGUUCAAAAAAUUCAAUCGUGAGAAAACUGUCGAAAAUACACCCUUAUAUUACGCAAAUCUUUACAAGAAUUGCUGGUCUUCUGAACCAAAUCUUCGCCCAACAAUAGAUGAGAUUUUAAUUGAACUCGAGAAAUCACUUACUGAACCUGUUGAAUUCAUUACAAAUCUACCUAAUAUUCCUUUGUGCAAUGCAGAUUAUAUUUUUGGAGAAAUAUGUUAG